CGCGCGUUGAUGACGCAGAAACCCCUCGACGAAAACAUGGCGGCUGCUGAACCGGUGCUAGAGGAGGCUGAAGAUUAUUCCUUUUUACCUAUUAUUCACGACAUCAUAAAAUGCAUGGACAAAGACGGUCCAGACGUGCACCAGGAGCUGAACAAGCUGAAGACGAAGCUCCAGGAGGCUCGGGAGCAGAUCUCGGCGAUGCCGGGGGUCGACACGAGUCCCGCGCUGCAGGAGAGCAACCUGCGCAGCCUCCGAGAGCAGGUCCGGACCAAGAACCAGCUUCUGCAGAAAUACAAGAGCCUGUGCAUGUUUGACAUCCCCAAACCCUCCUGAGACGCUCUGCGGAGGAACCAUGGCCGUGCUGCUGCGUCUAACCAACCAACCCACCCACUUAUAGUUGUAAAAGUGCUGUAUUUUUUAUAAUUUCUCUAAAGUGUGUACUUUGGUGAAUGUUGCUUGUUACUAGAGAACGGAUUCUGUAUACCCUGCCUUUGUCAUAGUUUGUGCAUUCAAUUAAAUUACUUCUUUUUCUGCAUGCAUUUAAACAUGAAGUCU